CGCGAGCCUGCAGAUCACGGGCCGGUCUUGAGCCUCUCGAUAUAAGAACCGCGACGGCGCGCGACCUCGAUCAUUUUGUGUAUGUUGCGCUUGGUCCAUUGCAUCUCGGCGUCUCCGCCUUCAUCGCAGUGGAGAGAUAGAGCCAGCCAAGUCGCAGCAUAACAGAUUGAAGACGCAGACGCAAUGGCGGCGCCGCCCGACAACAACAACAACAAGCUCGACAUUGCCCACGAGGAGCACCAGGAUCACCACCGCCCGAGCAGCGGCACCGCCGCCGCCGGCGGCAUGGGCGUCAAGCAUGCGGACCGCGCCCUCGCGCUCAUAGGCAACGCGCAGGUCGAGCUCACCGAGGAGGACAGCCGGCGCAUCUGCCGCAAGACGGACCGUGUCAUCCUCGCCAUCCUCGUCUGGGUCUACUUCCUCCAGAUCCUCGACAAGUCGGUCCUCGGCUACGGCGCCACGUACGGCCUCAAGACGGACACGGGCCUCACCGGCAACCAGUACUCGCUCGUCGGCUCCAUCGCGCCCAUCGCCCAGCUCGCCUGGCAGCCCUUUUCGUCCUUUCUCAUCGUCAAGGUCCCGCACCGCAUCCUCAUGCCUGUUUUGUGCCUUGGCUGGGGCAUCGCCCAGGCCGCCAUGGCCGCCUGUCACAACUUUGGCGGUCUCAUGGCCUCGCGCUUCUUCCUCGGGCUCUUUGAGGCUGGUUGCCUCCCGCUGUUUAGCAUCAUCACGAGCCAGUGGUAUCGUCGUGCUGAGCAGCCUAUCCGCGUCGCUGCUUGGUACGGCACCAACGGCUUGGCCACAAUCGUCGCGGCCGGCAUCUCGUACGGCCUGGGGCACAUUAAGUCGGACGUUCUUAAGGAGUGGCAGAUUAUCUUCUUGUUCGUCGGUCUCAUCACCAUCGUCUCCGCCCCCUUCGUCUACUGGAAGCUCGACAACGACAUCCCCUCGGCGCGCUUCCUUACCGAGCACGAAAAGGCACAAGCCAUUGAGCGGUUGCGCGCGAACCAGACUGGCACCGGUUCUCGCGACUUCAAGUGGCGGCACGUCCUCGAGACGGCCCUUGAGCCCAAGACAUACCUGUGGAUCGGCAUGGCCAUGCUGCUCAACGUCGGCGCCAGCGUCACAAACACCUUCGGCCCGCUCAUCCUCAACGGGCUCGUGACCGACAAGUACCAGACAAGCCUGCUCAACAUGCCGUUUGGCGCACUGCAGUGCAUCGUCAUCCUGUCGGCGAGCUGGCUCGCGCAAAAGGCCAAGCUCAAGGGCGCGGUACUGGCCGUCUUUAUGCUGCCGGUCGUCGCCGGCCUGGCGGUGCUCUACUCGGUCAAGCGGGACGGGAGCGCGCGCGCACCCUUACUCGUCGGUUACUACCUGCUCGCCUUCCUCUUCGGCGGCAACCCCCUGAUUGUGACAUGGAUCGUCGGCAAUACAGGCGGCACGACCAAGAAGUCGACCAUCAUGAGCGUCUACAACGCCGCCAGCUCCGCCGGCAACAUCAUAGGACCGCUGCUCUUCAAUGACCGCGACGCGCCCGAGUACAAGCCGGGCCUUCGCGCCUGCCUGGGCAUCUUCGUCGCGCUCGUGGCUGUCAUCUUCAUGCAGUGGGCCAAUCUCCUGGUCCUCAACAAGCGGCAGGAGAAGCGCCGCUUGCAAAACGGUAAGAAGGCCAAGGUCGUGGACCGGUCCAUGGAAGACCAUUACCGUAGCGUCCGCGAGGUCGACGACAUGGAAAUCCGCGAGGUGGAGGAGAGCGGGUCGAUACCGGAGCCGAAGCUGGGGGAGAAUGCGUUCCUGGACAUGACGGACCGCGAGAACGAUGAGUUCAUCUACAUCUACUAGCGGUAUAACG